AUGGACUCGUACUACGAGGAGGCGUUCCCGACGCUGCUGGAGGAGGAAGCCGAUGCCGACGCCCAGGACGAAGAGCAUAUCAUGGUCCUCGCCGCUUUGGGCGGCCUGUUCGCGAGCAAUGCAAAGCCGCGGCGAGGUGGCUCAGCGGUGGGCUGGCUGAAUGCAAAACUGCUAGGCCCACCCACCCCACCCAGUCUCGCAUCUCCCGGGCGAGUCGAUCCAGCCCCGAGCUCGCUGCGGUCGCUGCUCACGACGACGGCUACCUCCGCCACGACCUGCUCCGCACCACAGCUCCGUGACGGCUACCUCUUCCACGACCAGCUCCGCACCAAGGCUACAGCUGCUCCACGUCGCCGGUGCUGCGUCCCGCUCCCGUCUACUUCGCCGGAACACUGCUCUCACCAACCCCCGUCGCCGGCCCGCAACAGCGCCGUUUCAGAACCGCAAAGAAGUUGCACGCGCAUCCUAGCCAUCACCCCUGGUGCUUUCCUUCCACGGUUCAACCUUUUUGGAAUGAAAAUCCCUAAGGGCCCAUGCUGUUAAGGGAGUGGUGGGAAAUUUAGUUCCACAUGGCUAGUUGAGAGAGAUGUACACCAACUUAUAAGGUGAGCUCUUCUCCCACUAGUAUGAGUUGGUGUGAAGGAAGGAGAGGUGUUCCACACGCGCUCCUCCUCCGCCGCCCGCCUCGUCACGACGCGCGCGCGUGCCGCGGGUUGCUAGCUCAGCCAAAGAUACAACGCUUCACACCUCCACUGCUCCUUGGUCGUUCCUUUCACUACUGCUGCCCUCGGUGAUCCCAUCCCGUCUACCGCGUACACGGCUGACGGGAGAGCAGGCCUCCGAAACCCCGCUUCUCCUGAUCCUGUACGGGAGAGAGGCGAUUAGGUUUUUGGGAGCGACUACUCGCCUCAUUUGUGAUACUUUCAUGUGUGCAGUACUAGUGGUUUGCGUAGAUGUUUCUACUAUCUGCCUAGUACGUGCGUACAUUAUCAAAAUUCAGUAUGUCAUUAGCACUGCCUAUGUCAUGUUCAUGAUUUAUUAUUGGAUUAAGUUAAUCGAACAAUUGCUUAAUUUCUCAUCAA